GCGCCCCGGGACGCGGGCGGCCGCGGCGGGGUCUACGAGCACCUCGGCGGAGCGCCGCGCCGCAGGAAGCUCUACUGCGCCACCAAGUACCACCUCCAGGUGCACCCCGGCGGCAGGAUCAACGGCACCCUCGAGAAGAACAGCGCCUUCAGUAUUCUGGAAAUAACUGCGGUUGAUGUGGGAAUUGUUGCCAUCAAGGGCUUGUUCUCGGGCAGAUACCUGGCCAUGAACAAACGGGGCAGACUCUACGCAUCAGAAAAUUAUAAUGCAGAGUGCGAGUUUGUGGAAAGGAUCCACGAGCUGGGCUAUAACACUUACGCAUCCCGCCUGUACCAGACUGUGCCCAACGGAGGCAACACCAAGCGCAAAGCCAGCGCGGAGAGACUCUGGUACGUCUCAGUCAACGGGAAAGGACGACCCAGGCGGGGCUUUAAAACUCGUAGGACACAGAAGUCAUCUCUCUUUCUGCCCAGAGUUUUGGAUAACAAGGACCAUGAAAUGGUCCGACUUUUCCACACAAGCGCAAAAUACCGAGAGAGUCUCCUGAAGCCUCCGAGCAAGAACCAGAGGAGGAGGAGGGGGCACUAG